GGCUGGUACAGGCACAAAACCUUAACUGCCAGGGGACACUGGAUGCUGAGGACAAGCUGACUGUUUGAGAAUCAGUUUACAUGGAUCAAACAUUAUUUCAAAAGGACAUCUGGCAAGAUGAAUUCUGGGACAACCCCUGGGACCUGGCUGGCCUGAUAGUGAUUGGCUUAUUCAUCGCUACAGUCCUGUUUUUCAUCUUGUUUGCUGUCACAUUUGGGUUGUUCUUUCCAAAAGACAGUACCGAGGGUGACCAACAGUGAUCUGAUUUCCUGGGAGCUGAGAAGGAAGCAGGUGAGGGGGGCUGAUCGCUUACCUCAUCCUGGCAGUGGGCCCCAUCACACUUUCCUCUAGCUCAGGGGCCAAGCCAAGAAACAGCCUGGUCAAAUACUAGAACUGGCUUAGGGCUGCUCAGAUAGCAAAUGGGAAGGUGGGUCUGAUACAGAUCCUGGGACCCCUGUGGUAUGCCAUCUAAACCUUUAGGCAUGUGGGAGGGGGCUGUGCCUCUGCCUCAGGCUAAUAAGGUCCUCUCACAGGUUCCCAGCCAGCAACUUUGUAAGUCCUUGACACAGGAGAACACAAAAUAAUCAGAUGAAGUAAAAAUUCUUUUUCAAAUCUGCUAACUUGUGAGAGCUCAUUUUCCAUCCACACAUGGGCACCAGAGCCAGUUUACCUAGCAGAGCUUCACUGGGGCUUAUAAGUCCCCUGGUGAUCUAGCACUGCCUAUCUCAACAGCUGUCUGGCAUAUGUCCCUUGGUUCUCAGU